AUGUCAGCAUUUCGACGAGCAUUUCCCAAAUUGCACCUGGCGCUUUGCCGCCCGGUUUCUGUGCUGGUCGAGGCGACGCCAAAUCCGAAGUCCAUGAAAUUCGUCUUGGAAGGAGGUGAAGUUCUUGGACGUGGGACAAAGACCAUGCUCUUUCGCAGUCCUCAUGAGGCUAUCCAGUCUCCUCUCGCGAAGUCCUUGCUUGAGUUGGAUGGCGUGCGGGAAGUGCUUCUUGCCGCGGAGCACGUCACCGUGACGAAAUCAACUCUAGCAGAGUGGGAGGAUCUCCAGGAUGUCGUGGAGGGGGAGAUCAGCAAAUUCUACGAGGCCGGGCAUACAGUGAUCGAGGAGUCUGCCGUGGAGUCCACGGAUCCCCAGGACUUCCCAGAGGGCAGCAUCGAAGCCGAGAUCCUGGAGCUGCUUGAGGAGAGAGUGAGGCCUUUUGUUCAGCAAGACGGCGGCGACAUCGAGUUUGUGCGCUUCGACCAUGCAGACAGCACCCUGUACCUGAAGAUGGUGGGCUCCUGCUCGGGCUGCUCCCAGUCCCAUGCGACGCUGCAAGAAGGCGUGAAGAACUUGAUGGAUCACUACAUCCCGCAGGUGAAGCAGAUCGUUGGACUCAACGAUGAGAUGGACUGGGCUCUGUGA